UCAGCCAUGGCCGCCUUCCCUCGCCCAGUUCAUUUCCUGAAUUUUAUUCCCUUCCUGAUUGUCUUACUGUCAGCAAAGGCAGACACAAACGUUCUGCUAACAGGGCAGACCCUCGGCUUCCUAGACAAGCUCAGCUACGCCAACACCGGCGUCAGUUUAACAUUGCAGUUUAACUGUGACCUCGUUUUGUAUGACAGUCAUGGCAAAUUGGUGUGGCACUCCAACACUGGCGCCUUCUUCUUCCGCUACUGCAACCUCGACUUCACUGAAAAUGGCCGCCUUGUGCUCCGGGACUCGUCGGGCGGCCAACAAUGGAUCAGCCCCAACUCCAAUUCUCAGCCCGGCAAAUAUGUCGCUGUCCUCCGCCCUGGUGGCCAGCUCUCUGUUUUCGGCCCGGCGGUCUGGGGCGUGGGAGACGGGAAUAACAGCAAUCAGAUGGUGUCAUAUACGGAAAACUUGCGUAAAAGUUCAGUGGUUUACAACGUUCUGUUCUCCGGCCAGGUACUGUACCGCAACGACGAGCUCUCGGACAAUGGACAUAGGUUCGUGAUGACAGAAGAUUGCGAGCUGAUUCUUCAGAAUAGCGGCGGGGUGAUGUCUUGGAGUACGUGGACAAAAGGGAAUGGGAAAAAUUGUUUUGCAAGGCUGAACGACAGGGGGGAGCUGGCCAUCAGGGAUGACGGCUGUGUCUCGGUGUGGAGUAAUGAGGUGGCGGAGAAUGUGCCAACCGGCGAUUAUGUGCUGGUCAUGCAGCAAAAUGGGAAUGCUGUUAUUUAUGGGCCUGAGGUUUGGUCCACUGCGGAGCCCGGGCUUAUAGAAAUGCCCACAGCCUGAGGAGAUACUUCGUCUGGUUGAUGUAUGUAUGGACAAGGAUUUGGAUGAGCACAAAAAGAUUUUUCUUUGGUUGCUCAUUCGAGCCCUUGUCCGCAUCCAUCAGCUGUGGAAUAAACAAGACUUUCGAGUAUGUCUUGGAAGGCGCAUGUAUGCCUCUGUAUUAGUAAGAGUUAAAUAAAUGAACAAGGUCGAGGGCCUUUUCUGUUU